AUGUCUAAGGUACAUCAAACAGCACUCAAGUCUUUCAAUCUCAAUCACGCUAAUUAUGACGUGCUCAGACCCUCUUUUUUGCCCCCAAUUGUGAAUCAAUUUUUAGUAGAUCUUAAUUUAGCUGAAAAGACGAGCCCUGAUAGCUUUACUUUCAAAACUGACAAAAAGAUACUAGAGCUUGCAGCUGGAACAGGUAAGUUCACAAAGAACUUGGUGAAUAAUGGCUGGAAGGGAAAUUUGACGGUCGCGGAACCUUCAACUGGAAUGCUUGAGUCUUUCACUAAGAAUUUUCCAGAAGUAACAGCCGUGAAUGGAUCUUCCUAUAAGCUCCCAUUAGCCGACAAUUCUGUUGACGUUGUUAUCGCUGCACAAGCAUUCCAUUGGUUCAGCGACUUGGACAGUCUUAAAGAGAUCCAAAGAGUACUUAAGCCUCAUGGUGCUUUUGGUUGUAUAUGGAACUUUGAUUGUCCCUCGAUAAGCCAAACAUUGCACAAGCCAUAUCCGAAACUCAACUUUUUCUUUGAAAAUGUAUCACAAGAGGCUACAAACAAGUUCAUCAAGCUCAGUAAGUCCUUGCCAUUAGAUGAUAACUUGGCUAGAACAAUUGGCGAAGAAUUCUUCAAGCUGCACCCAUGGUCUCGCGAAGUGAGUCAAUAUAUAUAUACUUUUGACACAGGCGUCCCACAGUAUCGCCAUGGGGAUUGGAAAAAAUUGCUAGAGAAAGAGAACGACUUCUUUACACCAAUUACUCACGAAAACUUUAUGCUCUAUGUAAGUGAAAUCAAACGGGAGCAAAUAUAUGAAUAUUGGGAAACCAGAUCCUAUAUUACUGCGUUAUCCACAGAAGAGAGAAAAAAGAUCAAAGAACACAUUUCUACUUUGUUAAAAGAAAAUGUCACGAAUGAUGACAUAGUUGAUGGUAAUAGUGAUCUUUUAAGAAAGGCUAUGGGAACGCACUCUAUUGUUUUACAAUCUAAGAAGUGA